AUGAUCUAGUGUUUAUUUCUAGUUAGCAGACAAGGCAAGACCAGAUUGACGAAGUGGUACAAUCAGUCACUCACCACAAGGGAGAAGCAACGUUUUUUAAAGGAAAUAAACUCAUUAGUAUUGACACGCGGCCAAAAGAUGUGCAACUUCUUGGAGUAUGUGGAAUACAAGAUUGUUUAUAAGCGAUAUGCCUCACUUUAUUUCAUAGCUAUUUGUGAUAAGGAAGACAAUGAACUGUUGAUUUUGGAGAUCAUUCAUCAUUUCGUGGAAGUCUUGGAUAAGUACUUCGGUAAUGUCUGUGAGUUAGACCUCAUCUUCAAUUUCCAUAAAGCCUAUUACAUCUUAGAUGAACUGCUAUUGGCUGGCUUCAUUUAAGAGCCAAGUAAAAAAAUUAUACUUAAAGCAAUCACUAGUCAAGAAGCUCUUAUAGAAGAAGGAAAUGAUGAUCAAUCUAAAUGAUUAUUAAAAGAAAUACAUUAAUAACUUGUUAUGUUUAAUUA